AUGAGGAGCGCAGUUGCUGAAAUUGGUUCUGAAAUGAAAGUGGGCAGAAGAGAAAAGGACCCAACUCAAGCUGGAACAGGAACUAUCUCUAGCAGCCAUGGUGGACAGCUGGAUGAGCCUAGAACACAUCUUGAAAAUGGGAGUGCAUCAUACUUGGCAGACAGCAUCCCAGCUUCAACAGUACCUUCUCUGCAGCCCUGGCCUGGCCGGUAUUCCUUCUCCAUCUCUGUUCCCACUGAUAACAAGGACCGCAACAAGUGGUGCUACAGCCAAACACUGAAGAAGCUGUAUGUGUGCCCAAAUGUUGCCAUCCCUGUAAAUGUGCUGCUGAGAGAGUGGCAGGAUGCUUCUAUCACAAUCACUCCAGUCUUUAAAGACAGUCGAUUUCGUAUAGAGCCAGUUACUCGCUGCUACAACUGCAAGUGCACACAAGCUGAUCCAGUUGUGGCAGAGCACAUAAUUCAAAUUGAAGGUGAAGAUUGCUCAUACAAUUGUCUGCAUGAGAGAUAUGUGGUAAAGGUACCCUUGCAUCCCCCACCACCAGGAGAAACCGUUACAACCCUGUUAGUGAAGAUCAUGUGUCUAACAUCUUGUGUUGGCGGGCCAAACAGAAGGCCUUUCAGCAUUGUUUUUACACUUAGAAACAAUACUGGCGUGGAAAUAGGACGCCAGAUUUUGGACGUGAAAUGUUGCAAAUGCCCUUCGCGUGAUAUGGUAAAUGAAGAUAAAGGGCAGCAAAAUUCCCUUGCCAGCACUGCUUUACGAACACAUGAAGAUGAAAAGAGAAAGAUACAGAAAUUGGCUUCUGAAAUUAAAGUGGGGCAGAAGAGAAAAAGACCCAACAUCAAGCUGGAACCAGGAACUGUGAGUGGCACUGUAAAUAUUCCAGUUCCUGUUCGAUAUGCCAGCAGAGUCAGACACUAUAUAAACAACCUAGAACUGCUGGAGAUCUGCAGUCAAGUCCAUCCAAACGCUCUUUCAUUUCCAGAGGAAGAACAGUAUCAUUAGAAAUAACUUCACUCUUGGCAAGGCACUACUUUAAGUAACAGCUUUAGUGAUGCACCUUUAAUUUUUUUUUUUUUUUUCUUAUAGUGGCAUUGGUAAGAUUAUUUUUUAUUCUACCUUUAGCCUGGCUGGCUAAUAAUUGUAACUUUCUUUUAUAUUUGAAAUCACUUACAUACUGAAUAUGUAUUAUAUAAUGCAUGUUAACCACGAGCUAGGCAUUUUUUUCUACGAAAUCUCCAUUUUUGUUUUACAUUUAAAACUAAUUUAUAGUGUAUGUAACAUUUGUUAAGUUACUGAUUCAUUUAAAGUACUGCAAGCCCUCACAUUUUUGCUAUUCUUAUAAUAAAAUAUAAUUCUGAGAGCUAUUUGCAUACUCUAUAAAAGUUUGAGAGGUCUUAGUUUUGAGAGUAGUAAAAUAUGCAGUAAAUGUUUUAAUAUAUAAAAUAGUGUAUUUUAUAUUAAAUAAUUUUUAAAAGGAAAUUGUAUUAGGACAGUAAUAAUUACAGUGCCUCCUGCCUCUUUUUAUUGAGUCACAAUCAUAAUCUGAUCGACCCUUAUGGGAACUUGUCCGGUGCUGGUGCACCGGACAAGUUACCGUAAGAAAGGAGCACUGCUGGAGGCUUCCUGGCCCAAGCUAAGCAGGUCCCAGGUCCAACUCGCACCCACCCAUGUACUUGUCUAACUUACUUUUAAAGCUAUACAAAGUUUCAGUGACGCUACUCACGAUUUUGUUCCACUCGUCCACAACUCUGCUAACCUAAUGUUUUCCUAUAUUCUUUCUAAAUCUAAAUUUUUCCAACAUUAACCUAUUGUAGCGAGUCCUGUGUUGGCUAAAUAUUUUUAGUGCUAUAAUGGUAUCCCCUUUAUUCAUGUAUUUCAUUUAUGCACCUCAGUCGUAUCCCCACUAAUUCUGUGCUUUUCUAGAGAGUGGAGGUUCAGUGGGAGAAACGUCCAUCUCUCACUCGGCAGACGGAGGAUUGAGCCUCCACCAUAUCUUGCACUGAAUGAUUCAAAUGGGUUUAGUGCUUAACAUGAAUUAAACAACCUCCCACUUAUCCAUCAAAACAGUUCAGGACAGGCAUGACCACUUGUGACACUGACCUUGGAGAACGGUGAAGUUAUUUACUUAAUACUAUACACAAAACUGAGCCCAAAUUAAGAACUGUAUAGGAAUAGAACUAAAAUGUUAAUUUUUCUUUUAACAAAUCUGUACUCUCCUAAUUGUGAUUGCAGGGGUCGAGACUCAGCUCCUGGCCCUGCCUUUUCACUGAUUGCUACUAGGUCCUCUCUCUCUGCUUCCUGAGCUUUGUCAUACCUUGUCUUAAAGCUAUGUAUGGUUCCUGCCUCCACUACAUCACUUUCUAGGCUAUUCCACUUCCUGACGACUCUGUGACUGAGGAAAUACUUCCUAACAUCCCUGUGACUCGUCUGAGUCUUCAGCUUCCAAUUGUGACCCCUUGUUUCUGUGUCCCCUCUCUGGAACAUCUUGUCUCUGUGAAUAACCUGUUCAUUUUAUCUAACAAGUAACAUUUCUCCAAGAAGUAUAACAGUUUAAAUUUAGUUAUUUGAAAAGCCAUAGGGUAGUCCUAAUUCCUUGAGCUGUAUGACCCUGUUCUACCCUUAAACCUGAUAAUCUUUCGUUCCUAAGGUGCUGUACAAUAAUUACACCUAUAGGUUUAGCAAUCCCUCAUAAUAAUUUGAUUUAUUAUAUUUAAAUAAUAUCAGAUAGUGUUCUUCACCAGCAUUGAGGCAUCCAUCCUUAGGAUAAUUGUGGUUAAAAUGUUGAGGGCUUACUGUAUAAUUUUCUUACAUUCCGUGUUAUUGAUUGUUACAAUUUGUUGUAAUUGUAAUAUUGUUUCUGAAGUCCUAACUGCUUUAGGAUACCAAGUAGUGUUGUCACACUAAAUACAACAAAAUUAAUUAAAUAAUUUCUUUUUUAAGGUAUAAGUUUAAGAGUGUUUAAUGGUUAUAUAAAGGAUAGUUUUUGCAUACUGGAAUUAGGUAAAUAGCAUGUAUGCAAUGAAUUAUAGUAGUAUUGUUAAUUUUUUGACCUUGUGGGUAUAAUGCUUAGUUUUGAUUUUAAUAAUAAUGUUUAGUUUAUUAAAGAAACUUUGUAUUUUGAAUAAAUAUUGAAAAAAAAAAUAUAUUUAUUCUAGCUGCCUUAAAUUUCCACUAUUUUCCAAUUUUGAUCCAUAAACCUGAAGGGUUGCUUGCAUUUUUAAAGUUGGCAUUGUAUUUCUAAACUUCAAAAAUAAAAUCAGGAUGACCAUUAUAACUACAUAUUGCACAAACCAUUCAGUACUACCAUCAAAAAAUUAAAUUUCUUUCAGGGGUCUGCUAAGUACAACUGCUGAAAAGACAGAAA